AAUUCAGUCGCGUAGAAAGUGGUGUGUUUUGUAAAUAUUGUAAAUAACUGAAGUGUUUUGUGCUUAGCAAUCUCAUAUCAAGUUCAAAUUAUUAAAUUUGUGUUCUAUGGAUUAGAGAGUUUCAAAGAAGCAUAAAUUUCUCCCCAAAAGGGUAAUUCGACAUGGUGAUGGAAGCUGACCCCAUAGCAGGGAAACACACAGAAGAUAGAGUGCACGGCGCAUCGCUGCGGGCGCGGGCGGGUGGUGACGUCAUCGCUCCCGAACGGUCCGUCAGCUCCCUAGACCUUGCGAUGCAGUACUCCGCACCCUCCAAUCUGGUGCUCACUCCUGCGCCGGAAUGUCGGAAGCUAUCCCGCGGGAUCUCCCGGGCCACAGACAACGAGGGCCUAGUCUGGGCUCUCAGGAGCAACACAGAACCGGAGCCCAGCAACCUCAGUUCAGACCACAUUCUGCUGCUGCCAGAUAUAUCUGUCUACCCGCCAGAUUUUAGAACAUUUAUCGAAAAGGACCUCUUAGAGACAGCUACCCUAGUGACCCUAGAGUCAGCUGGUAUCCUUAACUGGUGGAGACAGGGCCGCAUACCAGGCGCUCCAAGACUGCUGCCUCUGGCGACUUCUGGAGACGGCAACUGCUUACCACAUGCGGCGUCGUUAGCAGCUUAUGGCUUCCAUGAUAGACUGUUGGCGUUGAGGACUAAGGUCCAGGCGUUAUUGUCGGGAGAAGGGGGAGAUGCUCUCACAAGUGCAAUCAAACGCCGAUGGCGGUGGUCAGAGAGCCUCUGCCUCCGCUCAGCAGGGCUGACGCCCUCCGAAGCUGAAUGGGAGCGCGACUGGCAAGACGCGGUCGCAGCGGCGUCAGCGGAGCCCCGCCCGAGACAACCAGCAACCGCCGCGCCGCCGCCAGCGCCGCAUUACGCUGGCUUGGAGCAACUUCAUGUAUUGGCGUUAGCGCAUGUUAUGAGAAGACCGGUGAUCGUCUUCGCUGAUGUGGCUCUAAGGGACUUCCGCGGCGACCCCAUAGCACCGAUUCCGUUCGGCGGCAUCUAUCUCCCAUUAGAACUCGACCCAGAGUCGUGUAGCAAAGCGCCGAUACUGUUGGCGUAUGACGCUGGUCACUUCUCAGCGCUAGUUCCCACGGAGCCGCUGCCCACAGAUGGCGCUAGGGUGCCGUUGGAAGACCAGACGGGGAACCCGCUGCCGAUCAGAUUCAACGUAGACCCAGGCGAGGACUUCCGUUGGGACAUAGAACCUGACCAGAAGACGAUCAACAACCUUCUACCUGAUGAGUACCAGCGUUCGGCUAUGCUUGCCGCGUACUUAGACCUUGAGAGAGUGGAGUGUCUCACACAACAGCCUUCGGAAGAACUGAGGAGGUCUCUGGAUGCACUGUCUACGAAGAGCUCUAAGCAAAUGAACUCGGUUGCUAAGCAGUUUGGUAGCAUAGGCAGACAAAUGAGUAGCAAACUAAAGAAGAACUUCGGUUCCAUGGCCAAGCUGACCGGGAGAGGAAGCCAUAGCAAUCCAGAAGAAGGUUUAGCAAGACUUUCUAGGACUUGUGAAGUGGUGUGUUGUCGAGUAUUGGCUGCACGAGCGCCAGUGCAGGAAGAAAUGGUCAAGAAUUACCUGAAUGAAGCGUGGAUUGGGUAUACAGCAGAAAAGAACCGCAAAGAAGGCACACCACCAGCCUCCCAGCCUCGCUACGGCACCGGCCGCUCGCAGUUCUACGCGGAGGCCUCACGGGCCGCACAUGACGUUGCCCGAGGCCUCGCUCCCAAAUCCAGCCGUCCUGCCCGGGAUCGAACCUUGUACCUUUCCAAAUCCACCUUCUACGACGACCGUCCGCCGUCACCGAAGCCCUGCCGAGCCCCACUAUGUAUGUACUACGGUAGUCCCGCUAAUAAUGAUUACUGUUCAAGGUGUGCGAGGCUGCAAUAAAUGGUUUUAGUUUUUAGUGUAAGGAUAAUAAUUGGCAGUGUUCUGUGUAGAGGCAGCUGCGAAUGGUUAGAGGAUGCGUGGGACUAAAAUCGACGACUUAUAAAGACAGUUAUGGCGAUACUAUUGUAGUUUCGUGCAUAGACAAUUCCAACCUAGAAAAGGGUGUAUUAGUUGUUACCACUACUGUUUAGAGGAAAUAAUUUUCAAAGAAAAUAAAAAAUAUUUUUAUAUGUAUAGUCGGUACAUAAAAACGUUUUUUAGUAUAUACCUACUAUACUAUCUGACUUUGUAUUGGCUAUUGAUUUUAGUUCCACGCACCACUGCAACUCAAUAAAUAUAAGCAGGGCUGUAUGUGCUUCCAGCUAUGCUUAUUUAUCUCUCAAGUUGAAUAAAACAUUUUUGCGUAUUGAAUACCAUAUUUUAUCAAUCAAUUCUCAUUCUAAAUAUAUUGUUUGGAACAUCCUGUAUUUGCUUGGAUAUUGCGUUAUCCCAUAAAUUAUAUACAACUGCAAUUUAAGCGCAGUAGUUGCUGCAAAAAUCAAUCUUAUUUCUUAGAGAAUAAAGGCGAUCUCAAUCAAGGUCAAUGUUAAGGCGAUGUUAGGUCUGAUGUGUGUAAUAUGGCAGUUUAAAGUUAAAGAAAAUUGACUAAUUUAAAGUUUCUUUUCUGUACUUGAGUAAUUGAAUCAUAGACAACAAUAAGAAUAGAUAAAAACAAAGACAACCUAAACCUAUGUCUAAGUGCAGCUAUAAUGCGAGUAAGUUCGAAAUAUUCGAUUUCGAGUUUCAAGUUUAAUUAUGCAGUUUAUUUUUACUGAUGUAGCUAUUCUUGUGAUUAAUAUAAUCUAUAAUGUUUUGUUGUCUAUGAUUCAAGUGUCGAUUCAGGCAAAGCUAAAAUUCAAGUAUAAAUUCAUUAUGACCGACUACAGCUAAGAAAGACUGUUAACAUACAUGCGAAUCCAAAUCUUCGGUUGGAGUCUUCUAGGACUAACAUUGUUUAUUAAUAUAUUUCAAUUUACUUCCAUAGAAGCUAAUAAAAACUUUAAUCUAAAGUUCAAUUACGAAUAUUAAGUUUAUAAGAACACAAAGGGUUUACAAAUAUGUUUGUGUAUUUUGCUUACGCAAUGACACUUAACUGACAUGAAACUCGUUAUGUUAGGAGUAUAUUUAUAUUUAAGUAAGUGUUUUUUUACGUUUUGUCAUUUCUUAGGUCGUUAAGCACGUCUUUAUAUUAGCCUAUAUCUGGGUUAGCUUGAAUUUCCGACGUUAAUGGCACAAGUACACUUCGCAAAAUUGUUCAAGUCGAAGCGCUAGCCCGCACACCGAAGUAUGGGCGACACACGGGUGGAAGAAGUAGAAAGUAACCGAGAUGGUGUUCACACUUACGUCUUGGUCAAUUUCCCGCAUAGUGUACUUGCGCCAUAACAAUAGGAUGAGUUUCAAAUUGUAAUGGCUACGUUUAUUAUUUAUCUUAAAGGGUUUAUGUGAUUAUUAACUGCAAAACAAACUGACAGUUACAAAUUAAUGUUUUAAUCCAGAUGUAGACUAAUCCUAUACUGUGCGAAUAGGUCGUAUGCUAGUGAUAAGAAUGUUAUUUAGUUCAUAAAAUGAGGCACCUUAUUUACUCCUAAUUAAACUAAUCAAGCAUAAUAAUAAAAAGCGGUACUUUUGAGUAUGUCAUAUACAGGGUGAGUCAAAUCACUGAACUACGCGCUAAAAAAAUCCGCUUUAACUUUAUUCAAAAUCCAUUAUAAAUUAAUUGGCUUUGGAUUUGACUCCCCCUGUAUUAUUUUAACAGAACAGUCUUCUCUUAUCAACAUUGUGAUUAAACAAGUGCCAAAUGUGGCUUCUAAUUUUUUACAAUGAUUUCUCUCGAUCACACGGAAGUAUGUGUAACUAAUGUGUUCAAAAUUCAGUGCCAGGGAUUUUGGGUAAAGUAAAUUUGGACAAUACUAGGCGAGCGAACAUGAGGGUACAUUUCACGCGUUUUUUACAUAAAAUGUUUUGAAAUGGUCAGUUUCUUUUACGACGUACAAAGCAGUUUGUCCUGUUGGAAGACUAAAUUCGGACGUUUAUGCUCAGAAUGCCAACUUCUCAAAAUGCCAACCGCUCGCAAAAAGACAAUUUCGCAGAAUGCCAACUUCUUCGGAGUUACCGGGUCUCAAAGUGUCAUUUUUUAUAUGAGUUACAUAAUGUACUCACGGCUUCAGAGUUGUUGAAAUUCAUAGAUUAUAUUUUGCUAAUUUAAUCCAAUUCAAUGAUUAAACGACUCCGUGGUCUAGUAGUAAAUGAGACUCUUAACUCGGAUGUUCUAAGUUUGAUUCCCAUAUGGGACACAUGGAACUAUAGUUGAUCCGUGAAGCAUUAAAUUGGACUAGGGUUGACCUUAAAUUUUAAGGCACUCUAUAGAAAAAGAUUAAAUAAAAUUAGUUGCGUGGCAUGCAUGUCACAUGUGUGCCUCUCUUGGGUUUAGUACGCACUUCCCGAGAACAUGUAUGUAAAUAAUACCUCUAAAAGGUAGACUAAAAAUAAUAAUUAUAAACACUUAUCACACAGGGCAUACUGCUGUACGAUAGUUUCCUCGAUCUCUAAAAGAGAACUGAGAUGGAAUGUGUACAAAACUAUAUUUUUUCAUUUGAUCACCCAUCUACCUCAUACAAAACAACAGUGUAUUAGACAAAUAUCUAAUAAGUGUUACAAACAGUUAUUGGAUUUGUAAUGGUGUUUUUGGACUCAGGGUAUUUCAAAUGCACUAUAUUUUAUGAUACUGACUAUGUUAUGAUAUUUUCUCAUUGUUACUCAUUAAACCCUAAUAUAACAUGAGCUUGGAGUGUGUCUCCGUCCUUAUUUUGCUUGAUUAAGAAAAAUAUAUUUUGAUAAAAGUAAAAAAUGAUCUUCUAGUCGUAAGGUGGAACUCUUAAUUCUUUUUUUCACAUAUUUUACUUGAAGCAUGUUAAGAAAAUAUAUGAAAAGGGAACAGAGAGACCACCCUGUAUUUUAGAAUAAGUUUGUUAGCGUACGUGUGAUGUAAUUUAAGUGAUUAAUAAAGUAUUAAGUUUGUAUAAAACUCGAUUGCAUAGUCUAAAAUUAAUAUUUAUGUAUGUUGAAACUUUGUUUCCCACCUGAGAUGUUUCUAUGAAUUUAAUUCAGCUUAUUUUAUUAUUUUCAUUGCAAAAACUGAAUAUAAAAGAUCUGUUUAAUAAGAAAGUAGAAAACAUGACAAAAUACUUUAUUACUCUGUGACUAAACUUUAUUAUAAUAGGUACUUAAAUGUAUAUAAAAAAGAAAGUAUAACAUUAGAAUCCAGUUAACACAGAUGGUAAAUGUUUAUUUUUUCAUAAUAUGUAACAAAUAGAGAAAACAUAUCAUGUUUUGUAGUGAUAUAAACGGUUAUUAUGCAA